GCCAAGGUUUAGUUACUGCAAUUGACUUCAAUCACAUGUGACAACAGCAGGAGAAGAUAAGAGCAGAGCCGAGUAGAGAGAAAAAAGGUCACAAUCAAAGCAAAAGGAUAGCGAGUUGAGGGAUAUUCAACAAAAAAUGUGUCGGCACAUCAGAUUGUGCUGAAAAAUAAAUUCCUGCACACAUAGUGAUAAUCGUAUAAAAGAUUGCAGAGAGACAGAACAAUUUUACACGCUCAAGGCUCGUAGCUGUAUGUGUGUGUGUGUGCGAGCGCGUACUUAUGUCCUUGUAUGAUUGUAUGGCAUAAAAUUUAAAACAGCAGGAGAGUGCAAGAGCGGAGAAGCGAAGGGAAAGGCAGAAGGAGUGGAAGAAGAGAGGACGAGAGGACGUAGGUGCCGUCGAUUCGGGUGAAAACGGUUUCAAACUCAACUUAAGUACACAUUUUAAGUCGUACUGCAGUGGCAGCCACACACACACGGCGCAGCGCAAUGAAUGCUAACUAAUCCGCUGCUAAGCGAUAAAAACUAACUAAAGUAACUGUGAAAAGAAACUACAGCAACAAAAAUUACUUGUGCAAAGUUUAUAGCAAAACAAAAAAAAAAAAACGAACUAAUAGCAGCUAAGCAUAGUCGGAAAAAAAGUGCAAAACAAAAAGUAAAUAAAAUGCCUGCCAUAACAAGUGAAAUAUCAACGCCCGCGCCAACCCGCAGCCUACGGCCCAUCAGGUCGGCAGUGCUUAAAGCUGCAACAGCAGCCGCCACAAUACUCACAUCCGCAGCAACAGCAACAGCAGCAGCAGCAGCAGCGUCAGCAACAUCAUACUCAACAACUACAACAACAGCAACUAAGGAAACAGUGCCAUCCAGCAUCAGUGGCAACGGUAUCGGCAGCAUCAGCUACUACAACCACAAUAGCAUAUCAACUCAACAGCCGGAUACAUUGGAACGACGAUUGCAACCAGAUGUCGAUACGGAUACCGGAGGUGGAAGUAGAGUAGGCGUAAAUGUUGUUGAUCCCAAUGACACACUGCCCAACCGCCUCGCCAAUAUGUUGCUAUCCAAUUUUCUGCCUGCCAUCGAUGCUGUCACAAAUAUAAACCGAACCGGUAGCAGUAGCUCAAGCAGCAGUAGCAGUGGUGGAGUCGGAGUUGGAGGCAGCAGUAAUGCUGCUGCGCCUGUCACAUAUCCAACCUUCCGGCCGCCAAGCAUAGAAAAUCUUGUCGCCAGCUCAGCUGAGGAUUUGAACAAUUUUCGUGAUGUGUCCUUCGAUAUAUUUGACGACGAUGACGAUUUGUUUGGCUCACCAUUGGCGUUUGACGCUAGCGAGAAUGGCUUAUGGAAUGGACGUUUUGUGCCGCCGCCACCGCGGCCACCCUUCUUUCCCGAUGAACCGGUGCUGAGUGAUGGACUGACAACGUGUGAUUUGUGCUCAUGGGCUAUGCCUACGAAGAGUACAUUUAUAUUCGAGGGCACAAUAGAAAAAGCUUCCGAAUUGGGUUGGCCCUUAACACUGAUUAUCGUUUCGGUGAUUUCGGCGUUGCUGGGCGCAAUCAUCAUGGUGACGGUUGUACGCUGCCGAAGGUAA